AUGGAGACUAUCAACAACAUGGCCGCCUCCGCUGCCAAGGCAGUCUGGGGCGAAAGCAAUCCAACCACUGAGGAGCCUGUCUCCGGCCGCGUUGGGGACACAUCAAAAGGCGAGCCAUACGACGCUGGAAACAUGGAGCCCAUAAGCGGAGACCAGGGGAAAGUAGCGUCGACUGAAGACACGGCUGGGAACACAACUCACAGCCAAGUCAACGGUGAGGCUGCUGAGUCUGCGCAGUUUGCUAAGACGACCGGUACUGCCGCCGAGGGCAACGAUACUCCUAAUAAUCCAUCAAACGACCUCAAAGUACAGUCUGGCCCUGAUGACACCAGUAGUGGCCAGGGUGACACGAGGCCUCCAGAAGACCCCAAGACGAACCCAAAGUCUGCCCCUACCGACGUCAAUGAUGCCGACGAAGCGGGUGUAAACGAGGCUCAGAAGCUUGACGGUCCCGGACCCAAGCCACUCGCAGAGGUAGCCAAGGAGAAUGGUGGCGACGCUGGCAACGACAGCUCGUCUUCGGUAGACAAAACUAAAGCAGAGGACGAAAAGAAGGAGGUUGAAGAUGAUGAUAGCAAGAAGAGCAGUGGAACUGGAGAGCAGUACGUCAAGAGCAGUGGUCUGCAAGCAGAUGGCGGAGAUUUCGAUGCUACCAACCCCGGCGCUGGCAGAGAGGCCGAUCGCUUAAUGGAGGAAAAGGGCAUACACAACUCCGCCGACUCAUCAAGCGGCCCAGCCGAUAACAACGACAGCCCAACAUCGGGGAAGAAAAGCUUAGGUCAAAAGAUCAAGGACAAGUUGCACCGACACUAG